AAGAAGCAUUUGCAGAAAGCGCGAAAAAUAAUUAAAAAGCAACUUUUAAACAAAGCAAUCUUUAUAAAUGGAGGUAAUAAAUGCUAAUAGGCAAGAACCACAACUGAAUCUCGAUGUCAACGCUCAACGCAGUUUCAUUAAAUACUAUGCCAAGUUGGAGGAUAAACCACCAACAACUGUGCGGUUUUUCGACCGCGCUGAUUUUUACACCGUGCAUGGCUCGGAUGAUUGUGAGCUCAUUGCAAAGUUCAUCUACAAAUCUACCGCGUUUGUGCAUAAACUCUUGCCUGAUGAACCGGAUGAAACGCUUGGUUACGUUACACUAUCGAAAGCCAAUUUCAAUGCGGCUAUACGGGAGUUACUACUAGUGCGCAACUUUCGAGUGGAAGUCUAUGUUCGUCCCGGUGGCGCUGCAGCCAGCAGCAACAAUUGGGAACUUGAGUACCGUGGCUCGCCGGGCAAUUUGAUUCAGUUCGAAGAAAUUUUGUUUGGCAACCGCGAAAUACUUGUGAGCAACAAUCUGUUGUCGCUGCAAGUGCGCUUGGUGGACGGCAAUCAGCGACGCUUAGGUGUUGCUUUUGUGGAACAAAACGAUUGUCAGUUUCAUGUAUUGGAGUUUAUUGACAACGACUUCUACACCGAGCUCGAGGCAAUGGUAGUGCUGUUGGGGCCGAAAGAAUGUCUAUUGCCAUCAAUUGAUGGUGAGUAUGCGGCAGUGAAGCAACUGCUUGAACGCAAUAAUGUGGGCGUUACUGUACCGAAGCGCUCAGCGGCCACACCAGCUGAGAAAAACGAUUUGCUGCAGGACUUAAAUCGCUUGAUACGUUUUGCUAGGGGGCAGCAGGAGGAUGCUUUAACAUUACCCGAGAUGCAACUGUCCAUGGCUAUGGAAGCCUUGCGUGUGGCUAUCAAAUACUUGAAUUUGACUAAUGAUGCCAGCAAUUUGGGUCACUACGAAAUGAAGCACCUGAAUUUGAAACGGUUUGUGCACUUGGACUCGGCGGCUGUUGCCGCGCUCAACAUACUGCCAAAGCCUGGCACAAAUCCCAACUCGCCAGGUUUUCGUUGCCAAAGCAUUCUCGGCGUACUCGAUCAUUGUCGCACACCGCAAGGUCAUCGCCUACUUUCUCAAUGGGUUAAGCAACCGCUACGUAGUAUCGAAAUACUAAACGAUCGACAUGAUAUUGUGCAGUGUUUGCUGGAGUCGCCAGGCACAUUAAGUACACUACACGAUGAUUACUUAAAACGUAUUCCGGACGUGCUGAUGCUAACCAAACGUUUGCUACGACAAAAGGCAAACAUGCAGGAUCUCUUUCGUGUGUACCAAGUUAUUUUGCGCACACCUCGCAUAGUCAACACGCUACUAAGUCUUGAGCAUGCAACUGUGAAAAAUGUGCUCUGCGAUGCGAUGAAGAGUUACUUGGAGGACUUGUCUGGUUUAAAGCAGUUAGUUGAACAAGUGGUCGAUUUUGAAGCUAUCGAGGCCGGCGACUAUCUCGUCAAGUCUUCUUUUGAUGAGCAACUGCAGGACAUGAAGUCCCACAUGUCGCGACUGUUAAGCAAAAUGGAGCGCUUGCAACAAAAGGCUGCAGAUGAUUUGAAUAUGGAAAAGUCACAAGUGCGUUUGGAAAAUGUUGCAAAAAUUGGCUAUCAUUUCCGCGUUACUUUGAAGGACGAUUCCGAGUUGCGUAAAAAUAAAAAUUAUAAAAUUCUCGAUGUGGUGAAGGGUGGCGUACGUUUUACCAACGAUAAGUUGACCGAAUAUAGCGAGGAAUAUGGUACGCUAUGCGAUCAGUAUGAGGAACAGCAGAAAUCAGUUGUGGAGGAGAUUAUAAAAGUAGCUAUUGGAUAUGCGGCGCCACUUAGUUCCUUGAAUAAUGAAUUGGCACAACUAGAUUGUUUGGUUAGCUUUGCUAUGGCUGCAUUGGCGGCACCCAUACCAUAUGUGCGUCCAAAAAUGAUAAAAGAGGGCUCGGGUGUCUUGGAGCUUAAGGACUUGCGGCACCCUUGCUUGGAACUCCAGGAACACGUGACUUUCAUAGCCAAUAGUGUAGCUUUCAAAAAAGAUAUUUGCAAUAUGUUCAUCAUAACCGGCCCCAACAUGGGCGGCAAAAGUACUUAUAUACGAUCGGUGGGCACGGCCGUAUUGAUGGCGCAUGUGGGCGCUUUUGUGCCCUGCGCUGAGGCCACUAUAAAUAUGCUGGAUUCAAUACUGGGACGUGUAGGAGCUAGUGACAAUAUCGUCAAAGGAUUGAGUACAUUCAUGGUGGAGAUGAUCGAGACUUCAGGCAUUGUGCGCACUGCUACCGAGAACUCACUGGUAAUUAUAGACGAGUUAGGACGUGGUACGUCGACCUAUGAGGGUUGUGGUAUCGCCUGGUCGAUAGCUGAACAUUUGGCGAAAGAAACAAAGUGUUUCACACUCUUUGCAACACAUUUCCACGAAAUCACGAAUCUGGCUGAAUCUGUGGAAACCGUGAAAAAUUGUCACAUGGCCGCAGUAGCAGAUGCUGAAAAUUUUACGCUCCUAUAUCAAGUACGUCCUGGUAUAAUGCAGAAAAGUUUUGGCAUACAAGUGGCGCGUUUAGCAAAUUUCCCCGAGACGGUUGUGCAUAACGCGCAACGUAUUUAUAGAGAGUUCGAAGAUGAAUAUGCUGAUAAGCAAAAUGAAACGGACAAGGAACUGUUGGAUAAAAUCGAUGCCGCUAUGGAGCGGCUAACGACAACGGGCAAUGAUAUUGACAUUGAUGAGGCAGAGUUGAGUGAGUUGGUCGAAAAGUUUGCCAGUGAUAUCAGACAAUUGGAUAGCGAGUAUUUCCAAGCUGCGCUAUCAGUUGAGGGGAACUAGCAUGAAGUGUAACAUUGCGUUGUUGAAUAUAGCCAGUAAAAGUCAGUAUUUCUAAAAUUUUUGUAAGAUGCCAUAAUUAAAUUAAAUAAAAGGGUCAUUGCAACUCAGUUGACUUUAAAAUUA